UGUUAAAAAAAAAAAAAUUGAAAAAACAACGUAAAUAAAUAAAAAAAAAGAUCCAAGCCCCCAGCCAAAACACGAGCAUAGCAUAAUCAUAAUCAAAGCCGAAGAUGGCCCUGCAGACUGGCGUCUCCACCUCUAAAGUUCUCAUCCUUGCCGGCGCAGGUUUGACUGGUUCGAUUGUAUUGGGAAAUGGAAGAUUAUCUGAACUCAUUGCGCAGCUUCAAGAAUUACUCAAGGGUGUUGAUGAAGUUAAUAUCAUGCCCUACAAAUACGAUAGUGCCGUUCUUGCUGCUCAGAUUCGUCAAUUGGCACAAGAGAUUAAGGAGUUAACACUAGCCAACCCUGUGACCAUCUUUAAUGGGAAUGCUUCUUCUAGUGGGAGUUUUUCGUCUUAUCUAGCGCCAGCUGCUGCACUAGGAGCGAUGGGAUAUUGUUACAUGUGGUGGAAGGGAUUGUCGUUUUCUGAUGUAAUGUUUGUAACAAAGCAAAAUAUGGCAAAUGCUGUUGCUACUGUGUCUAAGCAAUUGGAGAAUGUUUCUGAAACAUUGGCUUCAACAAAGAGACAUCUGACAAAGAGGCUGGAAAACUUGGAUUGGAAGAUGGACAAGCAGAUAGAAACAUCUAAGCUGAUUGCAAAUGAUGUAGAUGAGAUGAAAACAAACCUUUCCCAAAUUGGUUAUGAUGUUGAAACUAUCCAUCAAAUGAUAGCUGGGCUGGAAGGAAAGCUUCAGCUUCUUGAGAGCAAACAGGAUGUAACAAACUCAGGUCUCUGGUAUCUAUGUCAGUUUGCUGGAGGCUUUAAAGAUGGAUCUGGUGCAAAAGUUUAUCAGGAAGUUGGUGCUAAGCUAGCAAACCAUUCAGCAUUGACAAAUGAGGAGAGGUCUCUCAAGGGCCUUCGAUUUAUUGCUGAAGCUAAAGAGCUGGAUACAGUUGACAAACCAAUCAAACACGUGAACAAAAAUGAUCUUGAUAACUUGCCUAGCGGAAAAAUCAAAACCGUAAAAACAAGAAUACACAGGUCAUAUCCAGUUGGGCUAUCGUUGACUCGGGACUUAAUAGGUUCUGGCGUGUAACCAUAAACAUUUGGCUUUAUACUGCAUAUGAAUAUUUGGAUUUUGUAAGCAAAUCCUGUUUGCAUUCAUUUCCAUGCACAUGCAUGGGUUUUAAGGUUCCAGUUGAUUCAAAAAUUCAAAAAUGUCUUUUAGCUUUAGAUUAUUACUAUAGGAGAUGUUUCCCUUUGGCUGCAAAUGAAAGCAUACAGAGCGUAUUUUGCUGUAACUAGAAAGUCAGAAGUGCACGUUUGAUAAUAAUAGAACAGCCAUUUGAAGAUCAUUGGUGAUACUCGAUUUGCUUGAUUACAAAAAUUCAAUUUGUUGAAUGAUUUUCCAUA